UGCUGAGUCUAGCCCUAGAAAAGGCAAUUGCAGUUAGGCAGAGGCAAUGCUUUUUUUCUUCCCCCUCACUCUCAUUGCUAGGAUGUUCUAUCGUAAAUUGUUUUGAGGCACAGAACUAUCUCUGCCCGGCUGGUUGUCAUUACAAUAGGCUGGUUGUACAAAACAACAAUGUGGGAAAAGACAUGGGAGGAAGCCAAAGGAAGUGAUGAAGCAAUGUGAAGAAAGAAGAAGCAAGAAUUGUUUGCCUCCGUGACAGGCAAUAUUUGCAGAUAAUUGUUUUUAAGUGUCCCAAGGAGAAGUGAGAUGUGGGAAGGGAGCAGCUGUCUAGUAGACCAGACGAUGCAGCCGCUGUCCUUGCUGGGGCUGGUAUUCCUCCUGCCAGGAUGUUUCUCUGACUUGACCGUCCUCAAGAUGCACGCAAUCCUGGGAGGAUUGGCGUCUGUGGAAUGCAGAUACGAUGAACGGUAUAAGGGAAACCCAAAAUACUGGUGCAAAGAAAUGAGCAAAACAUCAUGUGACAAAAUUGUCGAGACUUCAGGUUCAGAAGAGCCAGUGAGGAAAGGCAGAGUCUCCAUCAGAGACAACCAUUCAUUAAACCAAUUCACAGUGACGAUUGAUGAGCUGACCAACAGUGAUACCGGCAUGUACAAAUGUGGCAUGAUUGUGCGGGGAGGUUCGGAUCUGAUGGUUCCAGUCAAUGUGACAGAAACUACCAGAGGACCAGAAGACGCCUUUCACAAGGAUAUCAGUUCUAUCAGAUACCUGGUCUACAUGUCCUUCCUGGUUUCAGUUGCCUUGAAAGCCCCCAUCUUCCUGGGUAUGAUCCUUGCAAUUAUCUGGAUGCGCAGUAAGAAGACAUAGCCUUCUGAGGAGGUGACGUCAGAAGGACCACUGUGAGAACUAUCACUACUUCCUAUCUGGACAAUGACUCAACCCAACAAGAAAAGAGGAAACGAACUAUGCAAGAAGGCAUUUUUCUCAGCUUGUUCCGUUGUCGUUCUGCUGUGUCCUCAACUUCUGCAUCUGCAAGUACCAGGAUCCAAAGAAGCCAAUCAGCCUCAAAGUCGCUGUGCAUUUGUCUACUCUGAAACAGAGAUCAGUCACAGUCUGGA